GGCGCGGCGCGCGGCGGCUAUGGCGCUGUCGCGCGCGGAGCGGUGGCUCGUGCUGCUGCUGCGGCUGCUGUCGCGCGCCUGCCUGGCGCUGCUGGGGCUCGUGGCGCCCGCGCCGCCGCGCGCCGUCCCGCCGCCGCGCCGCGAGCUUCUGCUGCUGCCCGCGCGGCGGCUGGCGGCGCGGCUGCGCGCGAGACAGGUGACGUGCGUGGAGGUGGUGGAGGCCUAUGUGGAGCGGAUCAAGGAGGUCAAUCCCCUCAUCAAUGCUGUCGUUAAGGACAGGUUCGAGGAGGCCCUGCAGGAGGCCCGGCAGGUGGACAAGCUGCUGUCGGAGAGCCCUGGCAAUGACUACCUGGAGGAGAAGUUCCCCUUGCUAGGGGUGCCCAUCACUGUCAAGGAGGCCUUUUCUCUGCAUGGGAUGCCCAACACGUCUGGCUUGGUCAACCGCCGCAACGUGGUCGCCACCUCAGAUGCCACAGUGGUGUCGCGGCUGAAGCAGGCCGGCGCCAUCCCGCUGGGCGUCACCAACUGCAGCGAGCUCUGCAUGUGGUAUGAGUCCAGCAACAGGGUCUACGGCCGGACCAACAACCCCUACGACCUGCAGCGCAUCGUGGGCGGCAGCUCAGGCGGGGAGGGCGGCGUGCUGGCAGCUGCCUGCUCCGUCAUAGGUGUGGGCUCGGACAUCGGCGGCAGCAUACGGAUGCCGGCCUUCUUCAACGGAGUCUUCGGCCAUAAACCCACAACAGGGGUGGUCCCCAACGACGGCCAGUUCCCAAACGCUCGAGGUGUGCGGACCAGCUACCUGUGCACGGGGCCCAUGUGCCGCUACGCCGAGGACCUGGAGCCUGUGCUGAGGGUCAUGGCUGGUCCUGGAGUCAACAAGCUGAAGCUGAACGAAAAGGUGUCACUGGAGAAAAUAAAAUUUCACUGCAUGGAUCAUGACGGCGGGUCUGUUUUUGUGUCGCCUGUGGACAAGGAGAUCUUGCAGGCCCAAAAGAAGGUGGUGGAGCACCUCGAAAGCGAGCUGGGAGUCCAGGUUCAGCGCGUGGCAAUCCACAAGAUGAAGUAUUCCUUCCAGAUCUGGUCAGCCAUGAUGUCGUCCACGGACAGCAAUGGGCAGGUUGGUACGUCAGCCGAGCAGGCAGCGUCCUGCCUUGCUCUCACCUCCGAGCUAGGUCUCCUGAGGUUGUGGGUUGGGAUUAAUGCCCCUGAUGGUGCUGAUGGAGGGAGUGUGUGUGUGUGUGCGUUACAGGAGGCACAGCUCUUCACCGACCUGCUGGGGGAUCAUGGGAAGCCAGUGUGGCCGCUGUGGGAGCUGAUGAAGUGGCUGGUGGGGAUGUCUUCCCACACCCUGCCAGCUAUAGCACUGGGGCUGACAGAGAAGCUGAUGAAACUCAACCCUGGUGCGAAUGCCAAGCUGGUGAGCAUGGGGAAGAGCCUGCAGGAGGAGAUGGAGGCCCUGCUGGGGCCGGAUGGGGUGCUCCUGUACCCCUCCCACCCCACCGUUGCCCCCAGGCACCACUCCCCCAUAUGCACACCCUUCAACUUCGCCUACACAGCGAUCUUCAACGUGCUGGGCUUGCCGGUGACGCAGUGCCCGCUGGGCCUGAGCAGUGAGGGGCUGCCGCUGGGCAUCCAGCUGGUGGCAGCCUCCUACAAUGACCACCUGACCCUGGCCGUAGCCCGGUACCUGGAGAAGGCCUUUGGAGGAUGGGUCAUACCUGGGAAAGUUUAGCCUGGGCUCCUGGCACUGCGGGAGGCAGGGAUGGAGGCGGGGGUCCCCAGCCGAGGCAGUGGCAGGCGCUGAUCAUCGAUCCCGUCAUGGCUCUACCUGCUCUUUCCACAACCCCCUUUUGCCCUCCUGGGAGCAGAUGGCAGUGCCUCCAGCCCUGGGGAUGCCGGGCUGCUGCUGCCGGAGUUGUCAUCUCCCUGCGGCACGCUGUGCCAGGGGAGAGACCUGCCCCUGCUCCCCAUGGCCCCGCGGGAGCCCUGGUGCUGUGCUGCCUGCGGCGGCACCUCUCUCCUCCCAGGCAUGGAGACGGCCGUCUCUGCAAUGCUUGCGCCUUUGAGACGUGGAGUGAAGGCUGGGGAGCGGAGCUGCAGCCAGACUGCUCGGGGACGCCCAGCACCGCGCUCUGGCCACACUGGGCGCAUCCAUCUUCCUUGGCCUUAUCCUGCCCGUGGGGCUGGGGCUGCCCCCCUUGGCCACUGCAGGGUUUCCCCCACCUCUAACCGAGAAGUGAGAGGGGCUGGGGCAGCUGCAUGCUCAUCUCACUGGUGGGGUUUUGUGGGGUGGAUGGUGCUGGGCUCUGCCUGGCGUGUAGCUGGCAGGCAAGGGAGAAGGAGCUUUUGCUCUUGUGAGCUUUUGACAGCACUGGAAGAGCUCUUUAAAUGCUCCUCUCUGUGUGUUGUGAUGGCUAAAGCAUCUCCUGCCUGUGCUGUCUGUCCUGGAGGAUCACCCAGCCUGAUCGGCGUCCCCUCCCCCUGCCACCCACCCCAGCCCCCAUGGAAGGAGGGCAGAUGGCUGUCCCUGGGGUGGGCAGCAAGCGUGAGAUGUUCUCAGCGAGGGUGGUAUUA